AUGCAGGAGUAUGAUAUCAUCGUACUGGGGACAGGCCUGAAGGAGUGUAUUCUCUCAGGCAUAAUGUCAGUGAAUGGGAAGAAAGUACUUCACAUUGAUCGGAACCCAUACUAUGGAGGAGAGAGUACCUCUAUCACCCCACUUGAAGAGCUGUAUAAAAAGUUUCGGGUGUCAGGUCCACCCAAGUCGAUGGGCAGAGGGCGAGACUGGAAUGUGGAUCUUAUCCCCAAAUUCCUGAUGGCCAAUGGGCAGUUAGUGAAGAUGCUGCUGUACACAGAGGUCACUCGUUAUCUGGACUUUAAGGUGGUGGAGGGCAGUUUUGUGUACCGAGCAGGGCGAGUCCACAAGGUCCCGUCCACUGAGACAGAGGCCCUGGCUUCAGAUUUGAUGGGGAUGUUUGAUAAGCGACGAUUCCGGAAGCUGCUGCUGUUUAUACUGAACUUCGAGGAGGACGACCUGAGAACUCAUCAGGACAUGGACCCUCAUCGCACUACCAUGAGGGAGCUUUUCCGACACUUUGACCUUGGGCCAGACGUCAUGGAGUUCACUGGCCAUGCCCUUGCUCUACACCGCAGUGAUGAUUACCUAGACCAGCCUUUUCUCCAGACGAUUAAGCGGAUCAAAUUGUACACAGAGUCUCUGGCACGCUACAGCCACAGUCCUUACCUAUACCCAUUGUAUGGCCUGGGUGAGCUGCCCCAGGGCUUUGCCAGACUCAGUGCAGUGUAUGGUGGCACCUACAUGUUGAACCGUCCUGUGCAGGAGAUAGUGAUGGAGAAUGGCAAAGUGGCAGGCGUAAGGUCUGAGGGAGAGGUCUUUCGCUGUAAGCAGCUGAUCUGUGACCCAAGCUAUGUUCCCGACCGGGUGAAGAAAAUGGGCCGUGUCAUUCGGGUCAUCUGUUUACUCAACCAUCCAAUCAAGCACACCAAUGAUGCCAAGUCUUGUCAGAUAAUCAUCCCACAAACACAGCUCAACAGGAAAUCAGAUAUCUAUGUGUGUAUGGUGUCCUAUUCCCACAAUGUAGCUUCUGAGGGGAUGUAUGUUGCCAUGGUAAGCACCACUGUGGAGACUAGUUUCCCUGAGAUUGAAGUAAAGCCAGGACUAGAUCUGCUGGAGCCAAUUCUACAGAAGUUUGUCUCCAUCAGCGACCUGCUGGUCCCCUUGGAUGAUGGAAGGAGGAGUCAGGUCUUCGUGUCCAAGUGUUAUGAUGCCACCACGCACUUUGAGACAGAGUGCGAGGACAUAAAAGACAUGUUCCGUCGCAUCACAGGGUCAGAGUUCGACUUCUGCAAUCUGCGCAGAGAGGAUUGUGACGUCUCUGACGAGUGA